AUGUCUCAAGGUGACAUAACUAAAAUAAAUCCACUAAGUUUCACAAAUAGAAAACUUAAAUGGCUUGGUGAUUUUGAUUUAUUUGAGAAAUUUGUUAAUGACAUAUUAAACAUCAAAGGCGAGUGGAAGGUUCCGCGUGGCGGUUGUAAACAGCUGAAGACGAAAGAUAUCACUGUACGCUGGUACGAAAACCGAAGUGUGUUGUUGGAUGGUCCAAUGAAAUAUGAAUACUCCGAUAUUCUGCAAAGAAUAGCCACUAUUUCACCGAAUAACAUAAGCAAUUUGGGAGUUGACGACUUUGCUGAUGUAUCACCCACGCAUAUGCCUUCCCUGCCGAAUAUUAAUAACUUUAUGGUAAAUACGAACAUGUCGAGUGCUGAACUGUUGGAUUUUGAUGCUUCUCAAAAUGACUCUGCACACUUUUCAACUAAUAAUGGCGCUACAAAUGGAUCUGAGCAAACCCUUAAAGAAAUUUCGAUAUGUGUGGAGGGAAACGCACUGGACGAUGUUAUGAAUCGCUUGAAUGCAUUGUCUAACGAAUUUGAAAUAUAUAAAUCCGAAACGACCAUAGUAUUGAACGAGCUUGUAGAUGGGUAUGAAAUUCGUAAUAGCCAAGUGAGAGAUAAUCAACUUGCCCAAGAAAACGACUUAUUAAAAAAGCAAAUAUGGCACUUAAAUCUGACGUACAUAAACUUGAAUGUCUAUUGUCCGAAACCAGUUCUAAAUUAGUAGCUGCGGAAAGCGAAAAAGCUAGUCUCGUGACGGUUAUUCGGUUAAUGAAUGAGGAUUGUGCUAAUGCUGUUAAAGAUGUAGGGGACAACGUUCGCAGUCAAACGACUCAACCAAGAAAUCCAUGGUGUACGGUUCAUACAAGAAGCGAGAAUCAAAAAGGUAACGAGGUUACAAGACUGCACAACCAGUUCUCGUCUUUAGAGGACGAGGCAAAUGAACUAAACAAUAACAGUGACUUUGAUGCUUCCGUAAUUAAUAUUGAUUCUGAUAUACAACAACCAACACCUAGUCAAAAUAUGUCUGAGAGUACAAGUAAAUUUACAGAGCCCAAGGAUGACAGAACGCAAGGUACAAGUGGUAACAGUGAUCGAGUACCAAAGAAAGGUAUUGCACUUAUUGGGGAUUCAAUAAUAAAAAAUGUUAGUCCGGUAAAACUCUCAAAAAGGAAAGUUUAUAAAUUCACAUAUCCAGGUAAAACAACUAUAGAAAUAACUAAUGAGCUUGCCAAAAUUAAUAUUAAACGAUGUCCCUGUUGAAUGUCCCUGUUGAAUCUAUAGACGAAUGUGUUGGUAACAUGGAAAAACUUAUUACAACAGCUAAACAGAAAUUCCUAAUUCUAAAAUUGGAAUUUCUGGACUUACAUUGA